UCUUUCGAUCUCUUGAUCUCGGGUUAGGGUUAGUUUUUCUCCAGAUUUCUAUGGAACAUUCGCCUGCAACAAACGGCCAAAUCACUUCUCGCUAUCGUUAUUGCUUCUGCAACUUCAGACGCUGUUGCCGCUGUUUUUGUUGUUGCUAUUGUUGUUCCCAGCCUUGAAUUUCACCUCUAGAGUUUUUUUUUAUAAAAAAAAUUUUGGUGGUUAAUGGUUUGAUUGUGGAACUUUAGAGAAUUAAUUCAAUUAUGGAUCUGUCACAAGCACAAUCGGGUCUCUCGCUAGGGCUUCAUCCAUCGCAUGCCUCGCCAGUGUUUCCACGAGUUCCAAUUGCUGACGAUUCAAUCACGUUACAGAUUGAUUCGAGCUUUCGUAAUCCAUCGCACUCGGUUCCAUCAAUUCCGUUGCAAUUGCUUGAGCAACAACCGGAGAAUCGAGAGAAUGAGGCAUGGGUUGAUAGAGAGAAGGUCGAAGAGGAUGAACAGAGAGAAGAGGAACAGUUUAGUCUGCUGGGUCAUCCCAUGUGUUUGAAGAGGAGGAGAGAUUCGGAUUCUUCUACAUCUUCGUCUUCUUUGAAUCCUUCAAAGAGAAUUUCGAUUGAACAUAGCCUUGAGAUGAGGAAAACUGCGGUACGGGCUUGGGGCAAUCAGCCACUCUGUGUUUCUGAUCCUUUAAUUUACGAGAUUAUGGAGAAGGAGAAACAGAGACAAUUCAAAGGAAUUGAAUUGAUAGCUUCAGAGAAUUUUGUUUGCCGGGCUGUGAUGGAAGCUCUUGGUAGCCAUUUAACGAACAAAUAUUCUGAAGGAAUGCCCGGUGCAAGGUAUUAUGGUGGUAACCAAUACAUUGAUCAGAUCGAAUCUCUUUGUUGGGAGAGAGCUCUGGCUGCUUUUCAUCUUAAUCCUGAACAGUGGGGCGUAAAUGUUCAGCCAUACUCUUGCACAUCAGCUAAUUUUGCAGUGUACACUGGUCUUCUUCUUCCUAAGGAUCGAAUCAUGGGCUUGGAUUCCCCAUCAGGGGGGCAUUUGAGCCAUGGUUAUUAUACUCCAAGUGGGAAGAAGGUCUCUGGUGCAUCAAUCUUCUUUGAGAGUUUUCCAUAUAAGGUGAACCCACACACGGGUUACAUUGAUUAUGACAAGCUUGAGGAGAGGGCACUUGAUUUCCGCCCAAAGAUCCUUAUCUGUGGUGGGAGCUCAUACCCACGUGAGUGGGAUUAUGCGAGGUUCAGACAGAUUGCAGAUAAGUGUGGAGCAGUGUUGGUGUGUGAUAUGGCUCAUAUCAGUGGUCUUGUUGCGGCUAAGGAAUGUAUAAGCCCAUUUGACUACUGUGAUAUUGUUACCUCAACAACUCACAAAAGUCUCAGGGGUCCUCGGGGAGGUAUAAUAUUUUAUAGGAAGGGCAAAAAGCUGAGAAAGCGUGGGAGUCUUCUGAGUCAGGGAGACGAUAAUGACCAAUAUGACUUUGAGGAAAGAAUAAACUUUGCUGUUUUUCCGUCACUGCAAGGUGGACCUCACAAUAACCAUAUAGCUGCGCUUGCAAUAGCCUUGAAGCAGGUGGCUACUCCUGAGUUCAAAGCUUAUAUACAACAGGUGAAAAAAAAUGCCCAGGCUUUAGCAUGUGCUUUGCUGAGAAGAAAAUGCAGAUUGGUCACUGGAGGAACAGACAACCAUUUGUUACUUUGGGAUCUAAGAACUCUAGGGUUAACAGGUAAAAGCUAUGAAAAAGUCUGUGAGGUAUGCCACAUUACUGUCAAUAAAAAUGCUAUAUUUGGUGAUAAUGGUGCUAUUUCUCCUGGAGGUGUGAGGAUUGGUACUCCUGCCAUGACAUCAAGAGGUUGUCUAGAGGCUGAUUUUGAGACAAUGGCCGACUUUCUCCUUAGGGCUGCACAAAUAGCAAGCACUGUGCAGAGGGAGCAUGGGAAAUUGCAGAGGGAUUUUCUCAAGGGUCUUCAGAACAACAAGGAUAUUGUUGAGCUUCGAAACCAUGUUGAAGCUUUUGCAUCUCAGUUUGCAAUGCCAGGAUUUGACAUGUGACAGAUCCGGAAGAGAGUAUUUCAUUCAGGGGAAAAGUUUUCUUCUACCGUGGAUGAAGGAAAAGUAAACCCAUCUAGGUUCUUUUUUAUUCC